CAACUAGGUGGCGAUAACGCAAGGCAACGCAGCGUAGAGCAAGGCGACAGCAAGCCGCAGGCAGUACGCAGCAACAGUUAGCAGCAGCAGCAACAUCAGAACAGGGCCAACCACGCUCGCACAUACCGGUCGAACGACGACACGACAUCGGAUCACGACACUAGCCCGUCCGUCCCCUCACCGAGCAUCUGGCCAAGCCAGACAACUACGACGCACUCGUCAUCAUCAUCACACCUGCUCUCAACCUCCCACCCCCAACAAGCACGCAAAACAUGUCCCUCGCCAACCCCGUCAACCUGCUGCUCCUCCCGCCGCUCCUCUGGCUCCUGUACCGCGCCGUCUGGCCGUCAUACCCCUCGACGCCCAAGUCGCAGCCGACAAAGUACGACGGCGAAUCGUACAACUGGGCGCCGGGGAGCCACCCGGAAGUGAUCACGUCCAAGGCGUACAACACGACCGAGCUGGCGCAGUUUGACGGGCGCAAGUCGCCGCGUAUCCUGCUGGCCAUUGCGAAGAUUGACGGCGGGGUCGUGCUCGAGAGGACAGUGUUCGACGUGAGCGCCGGCAGCAACUUUUACGGGCCUGACGGCAUGUACGGCAACUUUGCCGGCCGCGACGCCUCACGCGGCAUGGCCAAGCAGAGCUUCGACGAGGACAUGCUCACGGACAUUGACAAGCCGCUCGACACGCUGGCCGACCUGAGCAAGUCUGAGAUCGACAACAUGCACGGGUGGCACGGGCACUUUAGUAACAAGUAUAUGGUGGUCGGGGUGCUCGAGUAGGUGUAAGGUGGUAUGCAAGCGUCAGAAGUGUG